AUGGACGUGCUAUUCAAACGACAUCCCAAGGAAAAACCAACUCAAAUUCCUGAACUCACCAAAUGGUGGAACCUAAAAGGUGAGAAAAUUCCCGAGUUCUGUGAACGUCUUGCUGAUUUAAAGGUUGAUGUUAAAUCAGAUAUUGACACCAUAUGGGAACAUUUACCUUGGCAUCAUUACUACGAACAGCUACUAUCCCUACCCCAUCUAGCUGCCACACAACUUCCUGGAGUGGAAGUGAAUGCAGGACUUAUACCUCCAAUACACCCUGAUGAGGUAAAGAAAGCCCUACACAAAAUGUCCAACAAGAAAGCCAUUGGACCUGACGGAAUACCAGUGGAAGCUUGGAAAUGCUUAGGUCUACGCGGACUCGUGCUGCUAACCGAUUUCUUUAACUGUAUGUUGUUCUCUUCAAAAAUGCCAAAGGCGUGGAGAUUGAGCACUAUAGUUCCCAUCUACAAGGGAAAAGGUAGUAAGUACAAGUGCAACAACUACCGCGGAAUCAAGCUCCUCAGUCACACCAUGAAGCUCUAUGAGAGGGUAAUUGACAGCCGCAUAAGAUCCGAGUGCGAGCUGUCUAAGAACCACUAUGGCUUCGUACCUGGAUUGUCUACCACGGAUCCGAUGUUUGCUCUUAACACGAUUGUCGAAGAGUAUCGCGCGAAAAACCGACCAUUACAUGUCGCAUUUUUGGACAUGGAAAAGGCGUUUGACCGUGUCCCAAGGGAUACGAUCUGGUGGAGCCUUCGUAAGAAAAAUGUCCCCGAACACUACGUUAACAUCAUUGCCGACAUGUACAGAGAUGCGAGAUCAAUGGUUCGGACGGUGGUGGGUGAGACCAGGUCGAUAGCGGUCACAGAAGGAGUGCACCAAGGUUCUGUAUUGAGCCCUUUUCUGUUUUGUUUGGUUCUGGACUCACUCACCGAAGCGGCACAGAAUUCAGCAACGUGGACAUUUAUAUACGCUGACGACGUAGCCAUCUGCACAGACAGCCGCGCUCACUUGCAAGAGGCACUCGUGUCGUGGAAACAUCAGUUACAGACCGGUUGCCUAGUGCUGAGUGUGGCAAAGACUCAGUUCAUGUCCUUCAACGACCCAGAUACAAACAAUAGUCCGAUUUCCAUCGAUGGACAAUUGGUGAACUCGUGUGAUCAAUACAAGUAUCUGGGUAGUAUGAUGAGCGGUUCUGGGGACUUGGAAAUUAACAUUCAGCACCGAAUAGCCGCAGCGUGGCUAAAGUGGCGAGAAGUGACUGGUGUCACGUGCGAUAGGAGAAUGCCGGUCAAACUUAAAGGUUUAAUCUAUAAGACGAUCAUCAGACCAGUCCUAUUGUAUGGCAGUGAAACAUGGGCCGUAACUCAAAAGAAUGUGCAUACCAUGCAAGUUGCUGAGAUGAAGAUGCUGAGGUGGAUGUGCGGCGUUACCAAGCGCGACAAAAUCCGCAACGAGUACGUGCGAGGAAGCUUGGGCGUGCGCGACAUCGCUGACAAGAUGCAGGAAAGUAGGCUGCGAUGGUAUGGGCACGUGAAGAGGAGGCCACCCGACUACGUAGGGAACUUGGCACUACAACUCUCCAUCCCAGGUCGAAGAUCCAGGGGCAGACCCAAAACACGAUGGAAAGAUGUAGUGGUAAAGGACAUGAGAGAGUGCGAAGUCUCCGAAAAUGAAGUCGAGGAUAGAGCGAAGUGGAGGCGUAAGACAAGAAAGGCUGACCCCACCACCAUGUGGGACACAUAG